AUGACAAAUAAGUCCGAGCUGAGUAAUCGAUGGAUCGUAUGUCAGUUUAUCCUGCUGUACUUCUUCAUCCACAUUGUAAUCUACUCCUCCCACAACUAUCGCGAGACGAUAACAAAGGAGACUUUCCAGAUUACAACCCAGCAGUUCUCCUUUAUUGAAAUGAUCAGUGUGAUCAAACUAGGAGGGGCAAUAUUUUCCACGUACAUUUCCCAGAAGUAUAUUCGCCCGCUGGCAGUCACUUUAAUUUCCAGCGUUACCUUCAUAGCAACGCUGUGCAUUCUCAUUAAAAAGAUGUUUGCAAACCAGUAUGCAAACCUGCUCAUUGGAUGUCUGCACAUAAUGUCAGACUCGUCGAUUCUUCCAACAAUCGACGCCGCCUGCCUCGCCCUCCUCAACGAAAGAAACAUUAGCUACGAGUUCGGCAAAAUUCGGGUGUUCAGCACGGCCGGGCACAGCAUAACAUAUCUGAUUAACACUUUCAUACAGAGAAUAUACCAGGACAAAAAAAUCAGCCCAAGUGUGCUUAUAAACACUUCCUUUUUCGGGGGCAUUUUUAUUCUGUGCUUGGCUGUCUCUUUGCUUACGCUCCCGUAUAAAGAGGCGCCCGUCGCAGAGAAGCCCAGCAGCACAGGCGAGAAGAAGAGCCUAUCAUGGAUGGCUCGCUCCGCCUACAGAAAUGUUUUGUUUGUUCUUGGCGUGUUCAACACCAACUACACCAUUCUUAUUCUGUGUGCGCUCGGAAGUGGAAUAUCCCGAUCGUCUCUGCAGUCGUACUUGAGCGAGUAUCUCAUAGAAACGGGGUCUAUCCGGGGAGACCAAGGAUACAUAUACUUCGUGCGCACAGUUUUCGAGCUGUUUGUGUGGAGCAUUGUUAUUUGGGUGGGCGACAGAGUGUCGCUAGAGGGCCUGCUUCCCUUAGGGAUCAGCCUGGGCGCGCUCAGAUCGCUGACAUACGCACACAUGUCCCCAGCCUCAAAAGCUAGAAACAUAGUUCCAUAUAUUGCAGAACUUUUUAAGUCGGCAUACUCCGCGCUGUUCAUAUACGUGUCAAUAAGGCUUGCCCACAAGUACGCACCUGAAAGCAAAAAAACCAUCGCUCAGGGCAUGCUCACGGGCAUGUACAGCGGGCUGUCGCCCUCUUUGGCAGGAAUCAUCAGCUACCAUGUGUUUUCAAACACAGCCCACAGCGACGUCGAGAACAAAAAGUAUUUGUUUAAAAUUGCAGGGUGUUUGGGAAUGACAGCUGCAGGCCUUUCAUGCGUAUUGUACGCUAAGAAAAACAGAAAGUCGGCAUGCCUACGCGCAGCCGUGUGCGAUAAAUAUUAA